GAAAACCACAAUUAACGGUCCCACUUCAUAGAAAGCAGAUAAGUAGUAAUUGAAAAUGUGUGUGUGAUGAUGAUUUUGUAUGCAAGUUAUGGCCAUGGCAUCAGCAAAUAGCAUAAUCUCCAUUUCCUCUGCUUCAUUGUUGAAUCGAACUCAUCAACCAAAAACAACAACAUUAAUUAGUCUUCAAAAACACCAUGAACAACAAAGUAUUCCAUCAUCAUCCUCUUUAAGCGUCACAGCUUUUAAGAUAUCAGCUCCAACAACCAGAAGAUGUAGGUUGAGUUGCUCAGCUUCAGCAUCUUCCUUUUCCACUCUUCCUUCAGCUCUUCUUUUUGACUGUGAUGGAGUUCUUGUUGACACUGAAAAAGAUGGCCACCGUAUUUCUUUCAAUGACACCUUCCAAGAGAAAGAACUAAGUGUUACCUGGGACGUGGAAUUGUAUGGUGAAUUGCUCAAAAUUGGAGGUGGAAAAGAAAGGAUGACGGCGUACUUUAACAAGACAGGUUGGCCUGCGAAUGCCCCGACAGGUGAACAAGAAAGGAAAGAUUUCAUAGCUUCACUUCACAAGAGAAAGACAGAACUAUUCAUGGAACUUGUUGAGAAAAAGCUGCUGCCUCUUCGCCCAGGUGUUGCAAAGCUUGUUGAUCAGGCUUUAACUCAAGGAGUCAAUGUUGCAGUUUGCAGCACUUCCAAUGAAAAGGCGGUCUCUGCAAUAGUAUCAUUUUUACUAGGACCUGAGCGGGCAGAAAAAAUCAAGAUAUUUGCAGGAGAUGUUGUUCCCCACAAAAAACCUGAUCCAGCCAUCUAUCUACUGGCAGCCAGUACUCUCGGUGUUGAACCUUCGAGAUGUGUCGUGGUUGAGGAUAGUGCAAUAGGCCUUGCAGCUGCUAAAGGGGCCGGGAUGAAGUGUAUAGUAACAAAGAGCGGGUAUACAGCAGAUGAAGAUUUCUUAAAUGCAGAUGCUGUAUUUGACUUCAUUGGUGAUCCUCCUGAGGAGAGAUUUGAUUUGGCAUUUUGUGGUAGCCUUCUUGAGAAGCAAUAUGUCAGCUAGCAAACUGUGAAGUGAUCCGGAGGAUUUUGUAUGAUUCAAGUCUCCUUCACUAUUUCUAUCAAUGCUCAAUUCUUCAUAUGUUUUAAAGCCAAUAAUGAAAAAAAAUCAAUGUUUAUAUUGGUUGUGUAAAGAAGCUUGGUUCUUGUCAAGCUUCAUUUUUUAACUUUUUUUAUAUUAUUAUAUUAUUUACAUGAAGAGAACGAAUGAAAGCUUAAAAUUUUAUGUAAAUUAUGACUAAAAAUGUGAGCCUCAAUCUCUUCAUAAACUAAAAAACAUAUUUAGGGUGCUCUUUUAGCCCCUUU